AUGGCAAGUGCUAGUACUACUACUACUACUGGUGCUACUGGUGCUACUACAUGUACCAGUAGUAGUACCAGUGGUGUGGUUCGUCGAGUGCAUUUCAGUGACAGUGGACAUGCGUGCCGUGAGUUUGAAAUGUACGGAGAGGAUGAAGCUUGCAGUAUCUGGUAUGACUGCAGUGACUACGACGCAAUGAAGGAGUCGUUUGCGUUUGUGAUUUUCAUGAUGGACGCAGGAUGUCCCGACAAGGUGGAAGAUGAGAAUCACACGACGCGUGGUUUGGAGAAACGCUGUGAAGAGGGCCAGUGGACUCGCUAUGAGCGAAAACGGGAUUACUACGAUGCUGUGCUGGACGAGCAAGAACGGCAGUGGGAACAAGAUGAAGAGGAAGACGACCAAGAGAAAAUCAGCCAGAUUGCGCAGCAAGUCAACCGAGAAUCACGGCUAGAAGCGUACGAUCAGGGAGUGCUAGAUGAGAUCGAUGUCUAUGGGCAUUCACUCAGACUUAGGUAUAUGCAUACACGCGAACAAGGGGAUACAUUGAAUUCUUGUAUGCAUAUGCAUAUGCAUAUGCAUAUGCAUAUGCAUACCGGUACUGACACAGAUGCGGCUACAGUGGACCUCACACUCUCUUCCACAAACUCUAGUAGUACCAACUCAAACAGCUUUACAAACAGCUUUACAAGCCAAGGCCAAGGCCAAGACAGCCAGCAUGCACUGCCACAACCACAACCGCAACCACAACCACAACUGCAAGUCCUAUAA